AUUUCAUUAAUAAAAGCAGUGUGGGGGCUGCAAAAGAUGAGCUAAAAAUGGCGCUAGUUUGGUCCUUUCACGCUCCUCCCAAACCCAUCAUCAUAACCACCACCACUUCUAAUAACACCCGACUUUCUCUGCCUCGCUCUUUCCGUUCGAGAUAUGGUCGCGGUCGUUUUUAUCUUUCGGUUGUUAACGAGUUGGGUAAACAAUCUGACCCUACUACGUCGCCGGGGAAUGACAAUGAAGAUUUCGGAGUCAAAGUGGCGUUGUCUGUGCUGAGGUUCUACAAAAGUGAAAUCUCGCCAUUACUGCCAAAAAGCUGCCGCUACAUUCCAACGUGUAGUGAGUAUUCCAUGAUUGCUUACAAAAAGUAUGGUGUGGCUAAAGGCUCGAUCUUGACUGUCUGGCGGAUUUGUCGUUGCAAUCCUCUAGGUGGGUCGGGAUUUGAUCCUCCAAGAUGGUUUGAUGAGCCGAGUCCACCAGAACCAGAAGAAUGAUAUACAUUAUGUAAAUUAAAGAAAGGUAGACACAGUAGCCGAGUUGAUAGGCAAAUGGAAGCUGUAAAGGGUAAAAGCAAGCGGGUCGAAUUUCUUAAUGCAUAGAAGUUACUUUGAUUAUCUUGACUCGUCUGAGUUAGUUGAUUAAAUGCUUUGUAAAGUAUAUUUGGAAGGCGGGUGUGUAAGAAGUAGCAUAUUCGAAUCCUUCAACGAUGAUGGGUGCCAUUUCAGCUUACGACUAUUGACUAUAUAAUGUUGUAUUCCGCUGCUCCUGGCGUCAGGUGUUAUGCUUCUGUAUUUUUGCCGACUUAAGUUUUUGGUAGUUGAGUGUGCUUUCAGACC